AUAAUACGCUAUCAUUAAUCCUUCGCUUUAAUCCAUGGUUGUCUCUCGUCAAUCUCUCUGUCUCUCUCUCUCUCUCUCUCUGCAUUAGCUAAACAACCUGGACAUGGCGUCUUCUCCAUUUUCGAAUAAAGAAAAUUCCGGGGUAUCGGAUAUUUUGGUCAGCGUAUUCUUCUUCUUCAGAACGACUCUGCCCCCCGCUCUCAAUCUAAAUAGAUCCAUCUCCUGUACUUGUUCUCUUUUUCCUCCAUUUCAUUUCACUCCUUGAACGUGUUUUCUUAUCCCAAACUCCACUUUUGUCGAACUAUUCUUUGAAUUAAUUUAUUGCCCUUUUUCUGUCAUAUCAUUUUGUUGUAAUUAUUCAGACUUAUUUAUUAGAUUUUCUUAGUUUUCGAAUUUUGAGAUCUAAAGACACCUUCCUGACAUUUCAUUUCGUCAUCGAAAGUAAUUCUUCUGAUCAUUGUACAAAUUGUAGUAAUUUUUUUGAAAAUUUCGGUGAUCUACGAGUUUGAUUCCUAUUGAGGAUAGCUUAGGGUACGUUGCAAUUAGGCAUUAGCGUUUCCAAACGUCCGUAAAGGAACGAAAAAAAAGCGUUGUUCGGUAAUGGUUUAUGAAUUUUUCAAGGUCUCUGAUCCGAUCACACAGCUGGAGCUUGAAUGUCUUUACAGCUUAGGGGAUUAAGGAAGAUCAAUUAGGAUGUUGGGGAUUCCAGAGAGGGAUUUAAUAAGGACUUGAGAGGUUGGUAUAUUUUCAUGGGAAACACAUGUGUAGGUCCAAAUCUUGGUGCUAAUGGAUUCUUGCAAUCUGUGUCGGCUGCGGUCUGGCGAACCCAGCCCCCAGAGGACCGGCUUCCCCCACCGAGCGCUGAAGCCAGCCGCAAAACUCCGGCAAGUCCGGAUUCCUCUAGAAGUACCGAGGCCCCGACAGGUCCCGAUACUUCUGCUAAAGGCUCCGAUGCUCCAAUGCCAGUUCAGAGCACGCCACCUGUGAUGGUUAAAAUUGCCAACGAGCAAGCUGAAGCAAAAGAACCUGAAAAACCCGUAAAGCCAGAGGCAGCAGAAAAACCCGUUAAGCAAAACGUACAGGAAAAACCCGUUAAGCCAGAGGUAGCAGAAAAACCCGUUAAGCAAGACGUGCAGGAAAAACCCGUUAAGCAAGGCGUACAGGAAAACCCCGAUAAGCAAGAGGUCAAAGAGAAGGGGAAUAAUGCUGCGGAUGCAGGGAAACCAAAGAAACCCAGUCAUACGAAGAAGGCGUCGAGUGUGGGACUUCAAAUGGAAUCCGUGUUGGGGAGGAAAAGGGAGAAUUUAAAGGAGAAAUACACUUUGGGUCGGAAGCUCGGACAAGGGCAGUUUGGGACAACGUUUCUGUGCUUAGAGAAAGGAACAAAUAAAGAGUUUGCCUGCAAGUCUAUCGCAAAGAGGAAACUGACGACGGAGGAGGAUGUGGAGGAUGUUAGAAGGGAGAUUCAGAUAAUGCACCACUUGGCUGGUCACCCCAAUGUCAUACAAAUUGUGGGUGCUUACGAGGAUGCUGUGGCCGUCCAUGUUGUUAUGGAACUUUGUGCAGGUGGGGAGCUUUUUGAUAGAAUUAUACAGAAGGGCCAUUAUACAGAGAGAAAAGCAGCUGAGCUUGCAAGGAUAAUAGUUGGUGUUGUGGAAGCGUGCCAUUCUUUGGGUGUCAUGCAUCGGGACUUGAAGCCAGAGAAUUUUCUCCUUAUCAACCAGGAAGAGGAGUCGCCACUUAAAACAAUAGACUUUGGGCUUUCGGUGUUCUUUCGGCCAGGUGAAACUUUCACUGAUGUGGUUGGAAGCCCUUAUUAUGUGGCCCCGGAAGUGUUGCGGAAGCAUUAUGGUCAAGAAUGUGAUGUUUGGAGUGCCGGGGUGAUCAUUUACAUCUUACUAAGUGGUGUCCCCCCAUUCUGGGAUGAAACAGAGCAGGGAAUUUUUGAGCAAGUCCUGAAAGGGGAACUUGACUUUAUGUCAGAACCAUGGCCUAGUAUAUCAGAAAGUGCAAAGGAUCUAGUUCGAAGAAUGCUUGUAAGAGAUCCCAAGAAGCGGCUGACAGCCCAUGAAGUUCUUUGUCACCCUUGGGUUCAGGUCGAUGGUGUUGCUCCGGAUAAACCUCUUGAUUCUGCAGUUCUAACUCGCUUGAAGCAAUUCUCUGCCAUGAACAAGUUAAAGAAAAUGGCUAUCAGAGUCAUUGCCGAAAGCUUGUCUGAAGAGGAGAUUGCAGGUCUGAAAGAAAUGUUCAAGAUGAUAGACACGGAUAACAGUGGACAAAUCACCCUUGAGGAACUGAAAAACAGUUUGGAUAGAGUGGGAUGCAUUCUCAAGGAUUCUGAAAUUAAUGGAUUGAUGCAAGCUGCAGAUAUUGACAACAGUGGUACCAUAGGCUAUGGGGAGUUCAUAGCAGCAAUGCUCCAUCUAAAUAAGAUCCAGAGGGAGGAUCAUUUGUAUGCAGCCUUCUCAUACUUCGACAAAGAUGGGAGUGGAUACAUCACUCAAGAUGAACUCCAACAAGCCUGUGAACGGUUUGGCUUAGAAGACACUCAGCUAGAAGAUAUAAUUCGUGAAGUUGACCAGGACAACGAUGGGCGCAUUGAUUAUAACGAGUUUGUGGCAAUGAUGCAAGGCACUCUUGGAAAGAAGGGCUUACAAAAUAACAUAAGCAUCAACCAGCUGCAUUAAUACCUAAUCUUGGAAUGAUAGAGCUACAACAGAAUCGGUAGUCAAUAUUUGAUUCAUCAUAGGGUAACAGAAUUUGAAGUGCAUACAGUUGUAAAGAUUAGUCAGGCAGUCAAGUACUGGGAGAGAUCGAUUGUCGUCUCUGUCCACGUGUAAGUGUGUUCUUGUCAUAUAUGCACAUAUAUAUAUAUAUAUAAUUUAAGUCCGUGUCUACUUGUAUUUAUUUUCACUUUUCUGUUGAUAAUAUCAUAUAUAUUGGAAUGGUUGGAAAAUAUUAA